GCGCAACGAAGUAGACGACUGUUAGAUAUUUUUUUCUUUUUCUUUACUUUUAUUUCUUAAGUCUUCGUAAACAGUCGUGUGAUUCAUUUAAUUUUAUUAUGAAAAAUCUAUUCAUUAAUAUCGGUUAAAACCAAUUUUACUGAUAAACUCAGAGUGAAUGAACGUGAAGUGUAAUUGUUGUUUUUGUGAAUGUGCUACUUUGUUUAGAAUUUCUUUGAUUUCUUUUUUUAAACUUGCCCCCGGGUGCAGCUAAAGAUGCCUGCUCGACAAGAUUCGGUCUCCAUCCCUAUGACGAGAUCUAAUUCGUACUGGCAGAGAAUAUUUAAUAAGUACGACAAAGACAACGAUGGCAAGAUAUCAUACAUCGAACUCAAAGCGAUCAUAGACUCGAGAGAGUACGAGGACGACUUACCCCCAAAUGUGGUACAGAAGAUCAUGAACCUGGCCGACCGGGACAACUCCGGGUAUCUAGACUUCAAUGAGUUCGUCGAAAUGAUGCACAACCCGGACUUGAAGAAUAUAUUUGGCCAUUUCGUGGCCAGAUAUGUCCACUCUAUUAUACCGCAGCGGAAUCCCGUGGACACUACAGACACGUGGACAGGGUUCCGACCGGUGCCGACGCGGGAUAGCGCCCAACCCCGUAGCACGACCAUCUUCACAUACACAGACGGCACAUACGAGGAGCAGUACACCUGCUGGCCACCAGCUGUCUGCAUGAUCUUCAUAUCCAUUGUGGAGAUCGCGCUGUUCUGCUACGACGCCUCCAAGGGCAAGACUGACGCCAACGGACCAAUAGCACAGAUCUUCAUAUACAAUCCACACAAGAGACAUCAAGCAUGGCGGUUCCUGACCUACAUGUUGGUGCAUGUUGGAGUGGUACAUCUACUAGUCAAUUUGCUGGUGCAACUGUUCCUCGGGGUCCCUCUCGAGAUGGUGCACCGAUGGUGGCGCGUGACACUGGUGUAUUUGGCGGGGGUAGCGGCAGGCUCCCUGGCGACCAGUCUCACAGAUCCCCACGUGUAUUUGGCGGGUGCAUCAGGCGGGGUGUAUGCAUUGAUUGCGGCGCAUAUAGCUACUAUCAUUAUGAACUGGAAAGAGAUGGAGUUCGCCGUGGUUCAGCUCCUGGUGUUCCUUCUUCUGGCCGGCGUGGACGUCGGCACCGCCGUCUACGACCGGUACUGGAGGAAUAUGAACCAGAAUAUUGGUUACGUUGCUCAUUUGGCUGGCGCAGUAGCUGGUCUGUUAGUAGGCAUUGGAGUGCUUCGUAACCUGGAGAAGAGGAAAUGGGAGAAACGGUUAUGGUGGGCAGCGGUGGUGCUGUAUGUCUCGCUGAUGAUUGCGGGCAUCCUCGCCAACAUCUUCUGGACCUCGAGGUUUCCUUAAUGCGAUAUUUUGUAGGCUAUAGGACGCUUGAACAACGCAUAUUUAUGUAUUAUUUAUUAUAGUUAUAAAUAGUUAAUGACAGUUAGGAAUAUGGAUACGAUUGUGAAACGUUUUGUUCAAAUGUCACGUGAUUUAAGAUGGAAGGUCAGAUUAUUUUUUAAAACUAUGUUCGUUUCUGCACGGUAUCUCAUUCAUA